UUUUGUCUUGUUUAUAAAAGUGUUGAAGUGGUAACACAAUUGUAUUAUAGUGGCCACACUGAUCCAACUUGUCUUGUUUGUUGUCGAACACUUUGGAAGCGUAGCUGUUUUCUCCGUAACGUUAGCAGUUAGCUAACAAGCUAAUAUGUCCACACAUCUUUACAUAAGUCGUCAUUAUUGUGUAACUUUAGCUAGCUAGCUAGCCAGCCAACGUCGUUAUGGUCUAGCUAUCCACUGCCUUUAAUAGAAAAGGAGUAAGCAAACUGAAAUGUACAGGCUUUAAUCUGAUUAACAGUUGGGGUGAAUUCCAUUUAAAUUCAGUCAAUGCAAGAGCUUUCCAAUACAGAUCGUUAAAUUCUUGAACUGGACUCAACAUGUUGGUAAACAGCAGAGAGGAAGCGAGAGGCCCAACUGGUCGGAAAAUCUGUCUCCCUCCUUUCGCCCACCAAGGAAGUUGUUUUUGUAUGGAGGUCAAUGGGUGUCGAAUUUGGUCAACAAAAAAUAAAUGGCUUAUUUGUUACGUGAGGUUUAUUUGAUCGAAUAAAAGUUUUGUAAUGUUUAAGUUGUUACGAGUGUGCUGAUAUAUGCAACUUUGAGGAAAAAACGUUUAUCGGAGAUGGCGAGGCAUAUUGAUGUCAUGAGGAUAGUAGCAUAGUGUCUUCUCUCGCCAUUGAAUACCGGCGGUUGACGCCAACAACCCUCAUCGAAUAUUUUUUUAAAGUAUUACAAUGAGAUGUAUCCACUAAUCUUAAGAACUAGACAGCCCACCGCGCAGCUGUGUGGACAACGUUUCCCGUUGUUAGGGCGGAGAGACGUGUAUCUUGUCAGUAUAUCCAUACUCUAAGUUAUUGGCAUGGCUGUUUUGACCUUUUGCUUCUGGGGCAGUGGUAUUCAAAGUCGUGAUCGCGGGGAACUUCAGAGGGGACGUAAAAUAUAUAUAUUUUUGUAACAAAAUUAAGAGGACAGAUUAUUUAAUGGGACAAUAUACAAACGUUUUUGAGAAAGAUAAUUUGAAAAAUAAAAUGUUAUGUAUUUAUUGGUUUCUUUGAUUAACAUGUAAUGAAUUGAAGGUUAUUUGUUGAUGUGUCAUUAGAUUUGGGGUGGAAAAAAUGCUGUCCCCAGAAACUGACUGGAAAAAAAUGGGGUCCCCACUGAACAAGUUUGAAUACCACAGCUCUGGGGACAUGUAUCUGGAGCCAAAAGGGGUUGACGGAAGCGUACAACCCAACUGAGCCAUGUCGUCGCGUGUGCUGCUUCGGCAGCAGCUGAUGCGGGAACAAGCCCAGGAACAAGAGAGACGGGAGGCCCAGCAGCAGGACUCUGUGGCUCAGCUCAGGGCAACUGACUCCACCCCUGCCAUCUAUGUCACUCUGCCCCCAAUGGCUGCUCGCCCUCCACCCGCACAGGUGCCCGUGGAGGUGUUGAAGGUGCAGACCCAUCUGGAGAACCCCACCAAGUAUCACAUCCAGCAGUCUCAGAGGCAGCAGGUGAAGGAGUAUCUCUCCACCACCCUCGGCAAUAAGGUGGCACCUCAAAUCCUAGGUGUAUCUCCCUUGCCACUGUCUAGCUCUGCCCCUGAGAUGGCUCCCACAGCCCUCAGUGCUCCAAACAGCCCAAUGGCUUUACUCAACCUGGGAUCCAACAAAGAGGAGAUAGAUGGCGUAAUUGACGACAUCAUCAGCCUUGAAUCAAGUUUCAAUGAUGACUUCAUGACGUUAAUUGACUUGGGUCUACAGCUGCCUAGUACACUCCCUGGGAACCUCCUGGAUAUAUACCAUAGUCCUGGAAUGGCAGCACCUACCCUCACUGUCAGCAACUCCUGCCCUGCGGAUCUGACCAAUAUUAAAAGGGAAUACUCUGAUACCAAAGUGCUGGUGAAAGAGAGACAGAAGAAGGACAACCAUAACCUCAUUGAGAGGAGGCGGAGGUUUAACAUCAAUGACCGCAUAACGGAGCUGGGGGCCAUAAUACCCAAGUCAAGUGACCCGGAGACGCGCUGGAAUAAGGGCACCAUUCUGAAGGCCUCGGUGGACUACAUCAGGAAGCUGCAGAAGGAGCAGCAGAGAGCCAAGGAGGUAGAGAUGCGUCAGAAGAAGCUGGAACAUGCUAACCACAGCUUGAUGCUGCGCAUCCAGGAGUUGGAGAUGCAGGCUCAGCUCCAUGGCCUGAUGUCCCCUGGCCUGAGUUCAGACCCCUCCCUCCUUCAGCAGCAGCACCUUCAGCAGGGAGACCAUAAACUGGGGCCCAGCUCUGGAGAGGCCUGCUCCCAAACCUUUCUCAGCCUGGGGGCGGCAGCCAUGGCGCAGCCUGUCCUUACCUCCUCCCCACCUUCCUCUGACUCCCCUGUUGUUGUGACCAUAAGCAGCCCCCUGGAUCUGGGCAGUGUCAGCUUCACCGAGCUGGAUGAUCCCUCCAAUGCUGGGCUGUACCUAGACGUGGGGUUAGGGGACAUCAUCAUGGACGAGGGGUACACACUGUCCCCAGAGAGGGUGGACCCACUGUUUUUCGUGUCACCAGGUGCCUCAAAGACCAGCAGUCGUAGGAGCAGCUUCAGUAUGGAGGAGGACUUGUAGCAGGGACAUACUGGGGUCAAACUAGUAGAGAGAGACCAGGGAGUUGGGUAAUGAGAGGGUUGGGGAAAGAAGGAGGAGCACUGGAAAAUAAGAGCUAGAACACUGCAUAUGGCACUGGACUCUGCUUUAAAACAAACAGCCAAUGGUUUCACAAAAAAUGACUUUGAUCUGAAUCAGUCCAAAAUAAAUGGCUACCCUUUCCUCCCUUACCAAGUUAAUAUUGGUCCCUGAACUUAGAACCCCCCCCCCCCUUUUCAGCACACCAUCAAUGAUAAAUGCAAUCAUUUUAAAAUGGAACAUAGUAAAAUUAGGAUAUGGACAUUUGAUUAAAAAAAAUAAAAAAAAUAUUUUUCUUGCAAGCCUCAACUCAACCAAGAUUUCCCUGCACAGACAUUAAAGAGGAAAUAGAGUGGUGGUUUAGUUAAGUACAGUAUAUUAUUGCUUCAUUGUAGAGUAUAUACUUUGUGCACUUUGUAACUUUUGUGGGAAGGUUCUUGUCUAUUUUGUGAAAUUGGCAUGAACUACAUAACAGGUGCUUUAUUGAAUUUAGGUAUUUUUUUAACUGAGUUGAAAAUCAGGAUUUCUAUAGUUUAAAGUACAUAAGUGAAUGCAUUUUACAGAUCUCAUGUUUGUCUAACAAAAAUGUACCAAAGGGAUAUUUUAUUAAAUAUAUAAGGCACAUAGUUUGUGAUUUAAAAAAAAAUAUUUGAUAACCUCUUAAAACAAAAAAUAUAUAUUUACUGUAUCUUACAUUUUUUAAAAUAUUUGUGAACUUUCAAAACAUGUUUGUUGCACCUUUUCCUGUUGUCUAUGCAUUUUUAAAAAGCUUUUGUCUGUUGAAUGGCUAUACAGCCGGUAUGUAACUGAACUUACAAUGAACAAAAUAAAUAUAGAAGUAAAGCAAAAGCUGCUGCAGCUAGUCAGCCAAAGCAGGCCACCUUUCACAGAAUGAUCAUAGAUUUAAGUCUUUAUACGGGUGCAUUAUAUAUAUUUUUUUAUAGUCAAUGAAAUUAUAGCUUUAACGUUUGGCACUAAUCUCUGAAACACUGCAUGCUGUGUGUGUUGCAGAAACGUACUGGGCUAUGCAGUAUAUUUCUUAGACGGUCAUAUGGUAAUUUGUGAUGAUAAUAAUAUGAUUAUGUUGACUAAGAUUUCUAUAGCGAUUUUCCAAGGCCUUGUCACAUAGACUUGACAUCUAGCUCUAGACAUACAGUUACCUUUUUCUGAGUCAUCUAAUCUGAAAAUGUGUAACAUUCCACAUGUUUUUCCAAGAGACUGAAGUCUGCGCAUGGUUAGUGCGUAUCACUCCUCUAGCCCUCAGUCUUUCUUUCAUUUGUAUUGACAAGCUUUUCAAAGAAAGUACGUUCGUUAGCAGUAUAUGUUAGGGAUCUGUUUUUCUAUGUAUUGUAAAUUGAUGCUUCCCAGAUGCUGUUGAAACAUUUGUGCCUUUCCUCCAUGUCAAGGAAGAAGAAUGCAGAGUCUACUCUCCUAACAGGCUUUUAUUUAAAAAACAUAAAAAGAGAUGAAAAUGUUUGACACAUGAACUCAAAAAACAAUGCAAUAUGUCUGAUUAUCUGAAUGUUUUAAAAAAAAAUGCAGUUUAGUGUUACUUGAACUGCGGCUGUGGUUUGAUAUGACAUCCUCUAUUUGGAAUCAUUUAGAAAAAUAUAUAUUGCUGUUCUGAUUUUCACUUAUGGUUCUGCGUUUACUGGAACACAAACCUUUAACGGCUUUAAAGGGAAUAUAUUGUUGGCCACUUUGAAUUAUAUUUGAAAGUGUAUUGAAUUACUUGCUUUUUCUAUACUCAGCAAUAUUAAGCAAUCUGUCACUCUUUACUGUUUUCUGGUAUGUUUUAUUUUAACCAAAAUAAAAAUGUAGAAAAAACUUUUGCUCAUGUUUUAUGCUUUUCACUGCAGUGAUGAAAUUUAAAUUCCAUGCUUUGUCUUGUUGAUCAUGACAUUUCACAAUGGACAAAGUAAAGGGUUUUCAGAGUGCAAUGUGUCUCAAUGGUUGGGCUUCAUUGUUCCAAACACCCUUUUCUUGCAUACCCACUGCUUUCUCAGACUGGUAUUUGAUAUUUUAUUAGGAUCCCCAUUAUCUACUGCUAAUGCAGCAGCUACUCUUUCUGGGGUCCACACAAAACAUAAAACAUGAGGUAAUGCAUAACAUUAACAGACAAGUUCAUCACAAGGACAAUAUAUUUGAAAAUGUCUACAUUGAUCAGUCCAAAAUGUCUUUUAAAUUCUGUCAUGGAAAUUAUUGUACAGUUGAAGUCGGAAGUUUACAUACACUUAAGUUGGAGUCAUUAAAACUUGUUUUUCAACCACUCCACAAAUUUCUUGUUAGCAAACUAUAGUUUUAGUAGGUCGGUUAGGACAUCUACUUUGUGCAUGACACAAGUCAUUUUUCCAACAAAUGUUUACAGACCGAUUAUUUCACUUAUAAUUCACUGUGUGCCUUUAAACAGCUUGGAAAAUUCCAGAAAAUGAUGUCAUGGCUUUAGAAGCUUCUGAUAGGCUAAUUGACAUUAUUUGAGUUAAUUGGAGGUGUACCUGUGGAUGUAUUUCAAGGCCUAUCUUAAAACUCAGUGCCUCUUUGCUUAACAUCAUGGGGAAAGGAAACCUGUACAAAAGUAUCUAUAUCCAGAGUAAAACGAGUCCUAUAUCGACAACCUGAAAGGCCGCUCAGCAAGGAAGAAGCCACUGCUCCAAACCCGCCAUAAAAAAGCCAGACUAAGGUUUGCAACUGCACAUGGGGACAAAGGUUGUACUUUUGGAGAACUGUCCUCUGGUCUGAUGAAACAAAAAUAGAACUGUUUGGCAAUAAUGACCAUCGUUAUGUUUGGAGGAAAAAGGGGGAGGCUUGCAAGCCGAAGAACACCAUCCCAACCGUGAAGCACGGGGUGGCAGCAUCAUGUUGUGGGUGUGCUUUGCUGCAGGAGGGACUGUGGUGCACUUCACAAAAUAGAUGGCAUCAUGAGAAAGGAAAAUGAUGUGUAUAUAUUGAAGCAACAUCUGAAGACAUCAGUUAGGAAGUUAAAGCUUGGUCACAAAUGGGUCUUCCAAAUGGACAAUGACCCCAAGCAUACUUCCAAAGUUGUGGCAAAAUGGCUUAAGGACAACAAGGUAUUGGAGUGGCCAUCACAAAGCCCUGACCUCAAUCCCAUAGAAAAUUUGUGGGCAGAACUGAAAAAGCGUGUGCGAGCAAGGAGGCCUACAAACCUGACUCAGUUAUACCAGCUCUGUCAGAAGGAAUGGGCCAAAAUUCACCCAACUUAUUGUGGGAAUCUUGUGGAAGGCUACCCGAAACAUUUGACCCAAGUUAAACAAUUUAAAGGCAAUGCUACCAAAUACUAAUUGAGUGUAUGUAAACUUCUGACACACUGAGAAUGUGGUGAAAGAAAUAAAAGCUGAAAUAAAUCACUCUCUCUACUAUUAUUCUGACAUUUCACAUUCUUAAAAUGAAGUGGUGAUCCUAACUGACCUAAGACAGAUCAUUUUUCUUAGUAUUAAAUUUCAGGAAUUGUGAAAAACUGAGUUUAAAUAUAUUUGGCUAAGGUGUAUGUAAACUUCCGACUUCAACUGUACAUCCUAUUACCACGUUACGGUUUCUAUUUCUUCAUUUUUCCAUGUGGGCCAAUUCAUCAGUGAUAUUGGUUCUUAUAGAAUCCAUGACAUUUUCUUCAAUGUUGUUAUAGUGUUCUUAAUUAUGAAGUUGUUAAUGUUCUUAGCUUCAUCCUUUGAAAACCGACACGUGAAAAGAUUCUAAGGAUGACCUUGUGUCUCUUCAUUAUGUACCCAUUUUUCCUCUUUAGUGCAUUUAACAAUAUGUCGCUAGUAAAAGCCUUGGGUGGCGAGUUGAUACAAUUCCAAAUCUGGAAGGUUAAAAUCACCCUCAGAUUUAAGAACAUGUACCAUGUUUAAGAACAUGAACUUUCCUAUUUGUUCUAUGAGUUUUAUUUUUCCAUAUGAAAUCUGUUAUGGCAGGGUAUACUUUUUUAAAGCAUGUUUUCAGUGGGUUAAUUGGUAUUACUGAAAAUAAAUAUAUUAACCUUUGGAGAAAUGCCAUUCUAAUGAGGUUCAAAAGAUACACAAGAUUUACCUGAAUGAUUUAUGGGGAGGUUGUUUCAUUUAGUUAGAUCUGUUUUCAUGUUGUUGAGUAACGGGAUAAAGUUAUCUUUAUAUAUUUGUUGUCACUUAUCAAGCAUUCUAAGUAUUUAAUAUUUGUUGUGGUCUACUUAAAGGAUUGCUGUAGAUCAUGAGUCAUUUAAUUUUUCUUAUUGCAAUUAUUUCAGUUUUUUUCACGUAACUUUUAUAUCCUGAUAUUUUAGAGUAUUUUGAUAAUAUAUAUUUUUUGUAAAAUAUAUUUAUUAGAAUUCUUUUUUUUUUUUUCUUUUUUUUUUUUUACAAUUUAACAAUCAUCCAAAUAUGACACAGAUAAUGCCCCGUUAUUCCUUCCAUCUACACAGCACUGAAUUGAGUGACGUGUGUUGUCAUUUGAGUAAAUAGGGGAGAUACAUAAUAUUAAAUAUAAUUCUAUGGGAAAGCUGUCCAUCCAUGGUGCUUUUCUCCACACAAAUGUUUUAACAGUGUCCAAUAUUUAUUUUUGAGUGAUUUCCGUGUUUAGUGAUGAAGAUUUUUAUCUGCUUCGGGGUUAUUGAGUCUAAGAAGGCUGUAAGAUCAGUCCAAUUCUGGUUUAUAUAGAUUUUCAUAGAAUCUUUUUAAAUUGUUAUUAAUUGCGUUGCUAUUUCUAAUUAAAGCAUUUGUAUCCUUAUCUUUUAUAACUGGUUUGGUGUGUAUUUGUUUUGUGAGGUCUGCGAAAGGAUUUGCAAGGUUUAUUUGCCAUUAAAUAGUAUGCUUUAUUUGAGUUUAACCUGUAGUUGUUGGCUCUCUUCAAAAGUAAAAGGCAAUAUUCCUGCCUAAGUUCAGAAAUUGUAUUAUCAUCUUUUCCUUGUAAAGAUUUUUAUGGGCUUUUUCUAAGAUAGUGAUUUCUUUUUCAUUUUAAACUCAGAUUUAACUUUAGCUGAAUAUGAUAUUAUCAUUCCCCUAAUGUACACCUUAAAAACAUCCCAAAUUAUGUCAGAGGUCAGCUAUUCUCUGUCCUCCAUGUCUACAUUUGUAAUGGUAAAGGUCUUUAUGUUUUCAUUUACCUAUUUAAUACAUUUCAAGUCUUGAAGAUAUGCUCUGUUCAUUCUCCAUAUUCUGUCACUAAGUGUAUUUACUGUUGGUGUAAUUAAGCAUGAUACAGGAGAAAGAUCUGAUAUCACUAUAUCAUGGAUUUUAGAUGUUUGUUAAUUGUGUUCUUUUUAAAUAAAAAUGCAGUCAAUU